UAAGGUUAAUAACAUUUAAAUACCGUUAUCUAUGCUCCGAUGUACAGGAUGUAAACUGGCCUUCAAGAGGGAGAGGUACAAUGCGGAGAACACGCACUUGCAUGUAGAAAUGAUAACAUAAAGGACAGCAGUACACUGAAAGCAGGGAGUAAAAUCGAAAUAGCAAAGAUGAAGGCUGGCUUAUCUCUGGUUCUUAUCGGGCUUAUCACACUGUCACCCACUGGUGCGCAACAGUCUACUAAAACAGUAUCACCUGGCGCAACAGGAUCACCAACACCAUCAACAGCUUCAUAUUCAACAGAACAUAUGAUAGCCAACACAGAUACCACUUUAAACACGACAUCUGUCCAUUCGUCAACACCAAGUUCAACAACACCUCAAAAACAGCCGUCAAAAACUACCACCCCGGUGACGUCAACGAAAACUAUCGUCACGACGGCAACAGAGGAAACAUCAUCCCUGACGUCACAAUCUACAACAAUGGGUUGUUCCUCGCAUAGUACAGAGUCAAUUUCGGUCGAAUCAUCAGAAAUGGUGUCCGAAAGUUUGACAGGAACAACGGAUCAACAGAAGGAGAGUACAAGCACCCAAAAUACAUCACAAACAACACCAAGCCCCACGAAUCCCACCACAUUAGCCGUCCUCACAACGACAUUGUCGCCUGUCCAGACAAACACGACACCGUUCGAAAUUACGACGAAGAAUAAUGAAGUGACUUCUUCCUUUAAUAAUGGAUCUAUGCCUGAAAAUCCGCAGCAUCAACAAACUAAGCAGACAGUGGAAACAACCGAUUCUAGUAGCACUGGGUCACGUGUUAAUUCAUCUCCUUCCACACUGCAUCUAUUUACAACAUCCCCCAUACCAGACGUCCCAGGAAAUGUUCCAAAACAAAGUGAAGAUCAAACUGCUGUGACGGCUGCUGUUAUAUCUGGCUGUUUAGCCGUGUUUCUUCUGCUGCUAGGGAUUGUAGUACUGUUGAUUAGGAGUAGAAAAACCAAAGUUAUCAGGCAUCUGAGGCUAAGAGAAGAGGAUGACGAUGACCUUAUUUUGAAUAUGGACUCUAUGGAUGACUUUAGAUCCGAUGAACCAACAUUCUUGUACAAAUAAUAUUCUUCAAGUGUCUUUGGCAUAACGAUCUCUCUCUCUCUCUCUCUCUCUCUCUCUCUCUCUGUGUGUGUGUGCGCGCGCGCGUGUGUUUUUCAAUUAUCCGAGAGAAACAAAAACAAUACGCAAAGUAUGUUUUGCAUCACUUUUAUUUUUUGUAUAAUAAAUCAAUAUACUAAAUCA